AUGGCAGAACAUGGCGGACAUGGCAGAACUAAGGACACCGCUUGUUUUCUGCACAAGCGCCCUGUACGCUCCGUCAACUUUAGCUCCAGUGGCCAGCUGCUGUGCACAUCCUCAGAGGAUGGGACAGCGCGGGUCUACGAACUGGAGACAGGACGCAUGGUCAAGGAGGUUGACCAUGGGACCACGAUCUGGUGGUCCGAUUUUAGCCGCGAUGGGUCGAUGCUGUGCACAGCCUCGGACGAUCGAUCUGUGAGAGUCUAUGACUGCAAGACUUGGAAGCUUCUGGAGAUGUUUGGGCAUGGGCUGCCCGCGAAAUGCGCGAGCUUCAGUCCAGAUGGCCAGUUCGUCGCGACGGCUUCGGGUGAUGCUUUCGCAAGGAUCUUCGAUUUGGAGGAAGGGGAAGAGGUGGCCAAGUUGAAGCAUGACAGCUGGGUCAUCUCUGUCCGCUACAGUCCGGAUGGGACACUGCUGGCGACAGGCUCAGCAGACAAGUGCAUCCGGACCUUUGACGUGACGUCCCGUGAUGCCAAGCUCGUUUCCAAGCGGAAAUUCACCGGCCUUGUGACUUGCGUGGACUUCAGCCCAGAUUCCAGGUUCAUUUGCGUGACCACGACUCGCACAGAGGAUCAGACGCAGAUUGUCGAGGUUGCGAGUGGGCGGCAGGAGAUGGCCAUUGAGCAAGAUGCUCUGACUGUCUCUGCCAGGUUUUCUCCUGACGGUGACAGGGUCUGUGCAGUGUCAUCUGAUCAUGCUCGGGUCUUCAAUGCUCGCUCGGGCGAAAUUAUCUGCUGCUUCGAGCAUGGAGUUCACGUGAAUUACGCGGCGAUGCGUGCGGAUGGCCUGCUUUGCACGGCUGCGACGGAUGGUGCAGUGCGCUUCUUCGCUGUCGGUGACGGGCAUGCAGGACACCAUGUGAGUGAGCGGAUCAAUUCCCAGAUAGAGUAG